UUUAUACUUGUAGUACUUAGUCAUUUUAUUUCUAUUUUGAAGCCAUGCUGGGCUAAAAAGUAAUCAUUACAUUACAUAUUAAAAUCAAUAUGGAACAUUACUUGUAAUUUUGGUAUGAGACUUAAAAUGAUAUUGUAAUAUGACAGAAGACAGAGACUAUCAGCCAUAACAUUGAAGAUGAACUAUAAAUAAAAGCAUAUCUAAUUAUUGUGAGAGUAAGAUGCUGAAUGGAAUCUUUAAUCAACUUUCUUAAUGCAGAGCACAGAGAGCUUUGCUGUUUUGUAUGGCAAGCUAUUUUCAUACUGCUGUGUUUAAAACUGUGUGAUUACAGUUACCAAUAGCAAUAGGAUGUAGCUACAGAAGGGAGUCCUGGUGGUUGCAAAAGUUUUUUGGCCAAUGUUUUUGCUCUCUGAAGCCUCAAGUCCACAUUUUCUAGCCUGUAAGUUAGUUUUGCUUUUCUACUGGAUUUUUAACAGAUGCUGAUAUUGGACUACAUGAAACUAAAAACAAAAGUAUUUGAGCGACCAGAAUAACUCCAUCAGUUUUCUCAGUCAUAUUAAUGAUGAAAAAACAAUCAACAAAAAAAGAGUCCCUUCUUUCCACCAGCAUCAGCUUUGAACAGAGGAAUAUAAAGCCUGAUGGUGACAAAGGGUUAUAACUUUCUGUUUUUUCACUGUACAUCCUCCCCGGUUUCAGAUUUAGCAAUGGAUAUUCUUUGUGACGAGGAGAACCCAACUGCAAACUCCUUAAUCCAAUUAAAUCAUGAGCGAAGACUCUACAAAAAUGUUUUUGUGCCUGGAGAGGUUAACGCAUCUCAUCUGUUUAACUUGACUGUGGACUCCGAAAACCUAACUAAUCUUUCAUGUGAAGGUAGCCUGACUCCGCCGUGUUAUUCAUCACUAUUUCAUCUUCCAGAGAAAAACUGGCCAGCUCUGCUGACAGUUAUAGUGAUUGUUCUAACCAUUGCUGGAAAUAUUCUUGUUAUCAUGGCUGUGUCACUGGAGAAAAAGCUACAGAAUGCCACUAAUUAUUUUCUAAUGUCACUUGCAAUAGCUGAUAUGCUGUUGGGUUUCCUUGUCAUGCCUGUGUCAAUGUUAACCAUACUGUAUGGAUAUACAUGGCCUCUGCCUACAAAACUCUGUGCUGUCUGGAUCUAUUUGGAUGUGCUUUUCUCCACUGCCUCCAUCAUGCACCUCUGUGCCAUCUCUCUGGAUCGCUAUAUUGCCAUACGAAAUCCCAUCCAUCACAGCCGCUUUAACUCCAGAACUAAGGCGUUCACAAAAAUAAUUGCUGUUUGGACCAUAUCUGUUGCAUGA